CAUUUAUCUUCAGUUGGCCAAGACAAAAUGAGGAUUACAUGGAUUACUAAAGCCUCAACCAAGCCAAUAGUAUAUUUUUCAGAAACUGCUGGUGUAUACCAGAGUUCCGUACUUGGGACUUCAUCUUCGUACAAAUACAUGGCGUACAAGUCUGAUGAAAUUCAUGAAGCAGUAAUUUCUCCAUUGAAACCUGAUACACUUUACUUCUACCGUUGCGGCGAAAAUUCCACCAAAGAGUACUUUUUAAAAACUCCCCCAGCUGAAUUCCCAAUUAAAUUUGCUGUUUCAGGUGAUCUUGGACAGACAAAAUGGACCAACUCAACCCUCCAACACAUAUCACAAUCGAACUAUGAUAUGCUGCUAUUGCCAGGGGACUUAGCAUAUGCCGAUUUCUUACAGUCUCUUUGGGACUCAUUUGGGAUGCUUGUGGAGCCACUGGCUAGCAAGAGGCCUUGGAUGGUGACCCAAGGCAACCACGAAGUUGAGAAGUUCCCAUUGUUUCACAAAGAACCCUUCACAGCCUAUAAUGCAAGAUGGCGCAUGCCGUUCGAAGAGAGUGGCUCAACCACAAACCUAUACUAUUCUUUCGAUGUAGCUGGGGUACAUGUUAUCAUGUUGGGUUCAUACACAAACUUUGAUUUUGAAUCUCCACAGUAUAAAUGGUUAGAGGUAGACUUGCAGAAAGUUGAUAGGAAGAUAACUCCAUGGACUGUAGUGCUUAUUCAUGCACCAUGGUACAAUUCCAAUACUGCUCAUCAAGGAGAGAAAGAGUCGGAUGACAUGAAGAAAUCCAUGGAAGCGUUAAUUUUUCUAGCUGGCGUAGAUAUUGUUUUUGCUGGACAUGUACAUGCCUAUGAGCGCUUUACUCGCGUUUACGAUGGGAACCAGAACAAUUGUGCUCCAGUUUAUAUCAACAUUGAGGAUGGUGGAAAUCGUGACGGCCUUGACACCACGUAUCAAGAUCCAAAGCCCAGUAUAUCCGUUUUUAGGGAGGCAAGCUUUGGGCAUGGGGAACUCAACGUGGUUAACGCAACCAAUGCGCUUUGGACAUGGCACAGAAAUCAAGAUGAUAAGCCAAUUGUUAGUGACUCGGUUUGGUUGAGAAGCCAUUCAUCUAACCCCGUUUGCAAUUUUUUUGGGAGUAAACGGCAGAAUUAA